AUGAACGGCCAUAGCAAGUCAUCUAUGGCGGUGUUUUUCCCUGAUCGCGUGGUGCGGGACCGAGAACGGGACCGAGAGCGUGACCGCCAUGGUUACGACCGGGCGGGCAGCUCUAAUCGCGAUGGAAUAAACCGUAGCCAUGAAGAUAGGCUGAAUGGUGAGUCUGUGUCCGAUUAUGAUAGACAUGGAUCCCGUUCGAGAGAUAUAGACAGUCGUGACACACGUUCGAGCAGAGAUAGCAGAGAUAGUGGAUGGCACCACCAUAGUUCUAGUAGUAGAAACUCAGCAAGUGAGCGAGAUUAUAGACGAGAUCAUGAUCUUGACUACAGAACUGAAUACAGUAGUAGUCGAAGAGGAUAUGAUGAGAUCAGUGAACGAGAGAGAUCAAGUGACUGGGGUCGCAGCAGCGACCGAACCCGAGAUCGCGAUUACAGAAGUAGUGACAGAUAUCCUAGCCACCAAUCUCGUGAACAUGGAUCAAGGCAUGAAAGAGAUGGAGAAAGAGACAGAGACCGGGACCGGGACAGAGAGAGGGAUAGGGACAGAGACAGGGACAGAGAUAGGGAGAGAGACAGGGAGAGAGAAAGAGAUAGAGGUAGAGACAGAGAGAGAGACGGGGACAGAGACAGAGAGAGAGACAGAGAUAGACACAGAGCGAGGGACAAAGACUCAUCGCCUUUUUCAACUCGAAGCUAUGACUCUCACCCUGAUUCAGCGCAUUCUCAUCAUAGGGAUUACCGAGGUCGGGACAGAGACUAUGAUCGGGGUUGGGAUCGUGACAACAGUCGUACACAUAGUCGGGUUCAGAGUCCGCAUGGUCACAGCAACAAUUCUCACUCGACUAGAUCAACUUCUGCUACUCCUAGCAAAGCUGUAAAAAGUUCAAUCGUAUCGAAAUCAACUGUCCCCUCUUCUAGCAUCUCUAGCACUAGCAUACCAAGUAAUGAUUCAUCAACAAAACGGCAUUCAGAAAAUGGCUCUGUUGAAGUAAAUGGCAAGAUGCAUGAAGAGCACAAAGUCGAAAAAGCAUACAGUACAUAUUUAGCAUCAUCAUCCGGUUCUUCUAGCGUGUCAUCUACAACAACUAGCAUUGUAUCAUCUUCACCUGCUACCAGUCCUGACACGGUCAUUAGUGUAUCCCCUCUGCAGGGCGACAAGCCAGGCAUCACAUCUAUUAAUGAUACUACAUCUACGGUUGCUACUGAAAGACCUCCACCACCACCAAAAUCACCGCCAGUUUCGAACCUCAAUGGUCCUUCUCGUCAACCUCCUCCACCACCUCCCCCGUCUAUUGCUGGUAUGAAAGGAGCUUCGCAUUCUUUACCGCCCCAACCAGCUACUGGCGCACCAGGAUUAACACUUAACUCAGUCAGAGAACACACACCACAACCACUCCCUGCCUGCUUAAUUCCAAAAGAAAAAGACCCCCAAGCUGUUUUCAGCAAACGAAAAGAAUUCAGAAUUGUAUAUGAUCCCGAGCUCAGUAAAGACAAAUCAAAAGGUAAACAACCAAUUUACAAGUACCGGUCCAAGGACGAAUCAGACGAAAAAGAACGAAAACCUGUUAAUGACCCUCGAAAGCGUGAAAAGUACCAUAAAUAUGCAUCAGUUGGUAAGCGCUCUCCUUUUAACAGUCUGCCAGUUCCCAGGUUUAUAUAUGACGAGAACUGGCUUGGUAAGCCACCAGCCACUCGGAUUCUUGUUUCUGGUUUGUCCACUCUUACUUCUAAAUCAUCCGUAGCUGCGGAAUUCAAGAUCUUUGGUGAGAUUGAGUCUUGCGAAUUGAUCUUAAAUCCUGACACGGCAGCAUCUUUGGGGUUGUGUCACUUGCGAUUCAAGGGCUCUCUUGACAAAGCGCAUAAAAUAGCUGAGCGCGCUAUUUCAGAGUCUAAGAAAACAAAAAUAGAUUUCCGCCAGAUCAAGGUUGAUUUUGAUGAUAACGGCUCUAAAGCACAGGAAAUUGUCGACAAAGUCAUUGCUGAGCAGAGGAAAAAGGCCGACGAAGCUGCUAAACAAGCUGCCAAGGCCGCUGCAAUCGCAGCUAAAGAGGCUCAGGCUGCGAAAGCUAAGCUCAAGCUGCAAAAGCCGUCUAGCAGGGUAUCCACCCCACAGCCAGCAUCAACUGCGUCUUCAAGUACACCAACAGCGCCACCUGCAUUGGUUGCUGGUGCCCCAUUGUCUUCAUUUCCAUUAAUAAAACCAGCUAUUAUGAAAAUCAUAGACCGAAGGCCGUACAUUAUGAUUUGUCAUGAAUUCUUACCGACAGAUGAUGUUUAUCCGUCAGAUAUCAAGCGAGUUCUUCGCAAUUACGACUGGGUUCGUGUGUUGUGUGAUGAUAAUGGGUUCUAUAUAAUUUUCGAGAACGCGAAAGAAGCUCGUCUGUGUCAUAAUGAAAUGGAUGGCAAGAAAUUGUUUGAAUUCAAAUUGGCAAUGGAUUUAUAUUUAGAAGGUUUUGCCCCCAGAGUCAAAGGUGCAAGUGCUUUAUCAUCUUUCAGAAGUGACAAGGGCUGGUCUAAGAAGGCUGCUGAGAAGAAACCACGAGAUCCUAUCAAGGAUGCCACUGAAAGGGUUAUCAAAGAUCUUCGUGACCUGCUUUGGAAAGAUGUCAAGGAACGAAUAGUCGCGCCAAAAAUCUUUGAAUCGCUUGAUCCUAGCAGAUUCGGUCAUAUCAAGCGUGAAGUUGCCGCCAAACCCACUCCGAACUCGGUGGCUCCGUCAUUCACGAAUGGUGCUGCUGCUGAUAGCAAUGAAGCCUUUUCAGUUGUGGAGAGAAUAUCUUUUAAUAAGCUUCCUACACUUCCAAGAUUCAAGAAAAAGACAGUUGCUGUUGGUGACGAUUCAGCCAAAGUUGCAAUGAAAAAAUUCAGAAAAGAUGCUAGACCUAUGAACCAUCGGUUGAAUUUUGAUGAGUCUGAUGACGAGAAAGACAGUGAAGUUUCGACUAGGAAACCAUCUCCCAUUGCAGAGUCAAUAACACCUAGUGUUGAACCUGAACCAGUGCCCAAGAAGAAGAAAUCUAAAUUAAUAAAGAAGAGAGAUUUCGACUUUGAGAGCUCUGGUGAAGAUGAUGAGACUGGAAAUGAACAGACAUUUGCUGUGAAGCUUCUGGACGAAACUAUCCCUCCUCCUGAGAAGAAGGUGAAAGUCUCAAGAAAGAAGGCUGUUAAAGCUAUACCUUCACCUGUUAAGAAGAAGGGACGACCAAAGAAGGCAGAUGAGGAAGAGCUCGUUGAUGAAGACACUGGAACGAAGCCUGCUGAGGAGUUGGUUGCUGAAUACGAAGAAAAGACUAUGGAUCAAGGCAUUUCUGAUUCGGAAAUCAACAUACCCCAUAUUGUAGACGCCAAGAGCGGUGUUGACUGGAGUCCCACGGAGACUCCCGGACCAUUGACGGUUUGCGGCAAGGAAGAUCUAACUGAAGAGGUUGAGUUGCCUGAAUUCAAAUCUUUUAUAAAAGAUGAUGAGGACUACGGAUUACUUCAAGAAGUUCUACGCGAUACUGAACCUGAUCCAUCAAUUGGAAAUGCCCAGUACUGGGCAUGGAAAAAUCUCCAGAUCAAGAAAAUUGAAUACGAGAGCAGGCAAAAGCUGGAUACAGUUUCUGGUACACCGCCAGAUAUGUUGGUUGGAAAAUGGGAUGCGAAUUCUAAUGACAGCCGUAGAAGUAUUGGCUAUUAUGAAAUCCCCGAGACUGAUAAAUUCGAAUACCUCGAGCACAGACGUAAAAUCUCGAAGCCAAUUGAUACAUUACAGCGAUAUGAUCGAGAUACAUCUCUGGCUGGUGCUGGUGGAUCGUCUCGUAUGAAUCGUGUAAAUAACAGACGACUGGCGGCUGAUAUCACUAUUCAAAAGCAAAUGCUCAGCAGUGAGACGGAUAUUCUCAAUUUCAAUCAACUCAAAAAGCGAAAGAAGCCCGUUAAGUUUGCUCGGUCUGCCAUCCACAAUUGGGGAUUGUAUGCAGUGGAGCCUAUUGCUGCUAAUGAGAUGAUUAUCGAAUAUGUGGGUGAAGUCAUUCGUCAGCAAUUGGCUGAUUUGCGAGAACGAAAUUAUAUUCAAUCGGGAAUUGGAUCUAGUUAUUUAUUCCGUAUCGACGAAACUACAGUGGUUGAUGCUACUAAAAAGGGUGGUAUUGCAAGAGUAAGUAGACUCUUUUCUUCAAACUUUUCUCAUUGGAAUCUUUACUAA